CGGCUGCGGGCGGGGCUCUGGGCGCGAUGGCGGCGGCGGCGGAGCCGUGGCCGGAGCUGGAGGCGGCGGCUCGGGAGCGGCGGCGGGAGCUGUCGCUGGCGGGCGCGGCGGUGGCCGAGCGGGUGGCGGCGGGCGGCGGGCGGCUGCCGGAGGCGCUGCUGGCGCUGCCGCUGCUGCAGUCGCUGGAGCUGAGCGGCUGCGCGGCGCUGCGGGAGCUCGGCCCGGGCGUGGCGGCCGCGCUGCCCGCGCUCCACACGCUGGUGCUGAGCCGCAACGCGCUGGGCCCGGCCGGGCUGGGCGCGGGGCUGGGCGGGCCCCUGCCCGCGCUCCGCCUGCUCGACCUGUCCGGGAACGGGCUGGAGGCGCUGCCCGCCGCGCUCGGCGGGACGGGGGACGGCGCAGGGGACGCGGCCCCGGCCUUCCCGCAGCUGCGCAGCCUCAACCUGAGCGCGAACCGGCUGCGGGAGCUGGGCCCGGGGCUCGCCCGCGCUGCGCCGCAGCUGCAGGAGCUGCUGCUGGCCGGGAACCGGCUGCGGGCGCUGCCCGGCGGGCUCCUGCCCCCCGCGGGACCCCCCGCGCCCUUCCCGCUGCUCAGCCGCCUGGACGCGGCCGACAACGAGGUGGCUGAGCUGGGCGCGGACAUCGCGGCGCUGCCGGCGCUCAAGAGCCUGGACGUGGCCAACAACCAGCUGCGGGAGCUGCCCGCCGCUCUGGCCGACUGCCCCCGGCUGAAGGAGGCCAACUUCAGGGGCAACCAGCUGAGGGACAAGCGGCUGGAGAAGAUGGUCAAUGGGUGCCAGACGAAGGCCAUUCUGGAGUACCUACGGGCCGGGGGCCGUGGGAAGGGGAAGGCCGAGGGUGCCAGAGAGGACGUCAGGAAGAAGAAGAGGGAGAAGCAGAAGAAGGACAGUGGGGAUGGGGAGCAGGAUGAGGUGGAAGAGGCGAGCAAGCUGCUGGUGAAGGUUCUGCACGUCUCUGAGAACCCUGCGCCUUUGGUGGUUAAAGUGAGCCCAGGUGUCAAAGAUGUUCGAGCCUUCAUCGUGUGCUGUGUGCUGAAAGGAGUGAACUUAAAGCCGGGAAAUGCUCUCAAGAGGUUCCUGACCAUGCAGACUAAGCUGCAUGAGGACAUCUGUGAGAAGCGCACAGUGGCCACCAUUGCCACCCACGACUUGCAGCUGGUCAAAGCUCCUCUGACAUAUGAUGUUCAGCCUCCUGAUGAGCUCAAGAUCAUGCCCCUGGGUCGGAAGGAGAUCAAGGCAAAGGACCUUCUCCGCCAGCUGCAGCUGGAGGCUGAGGAGCAGCGGAAGCAGAAGAAGCGUCAGAACGUCUCUGGGCUGCACAAGUACCUGCAGCUGCUGGAUGGUAAAGACAACUACCCGUGCCUGCUGGAUGCUGAAGGUGCUGUGAUUUCCUUCCCACCAAUAACCAAUAGUGAGAAAACAAAGAUUAGAAAAGAGACACAGGACCUGUUUCUGGAAGUGACAAGUGAUACCAGUUUACAGAUCUGCAAAGAUGUGAUGGACACCCUUAUCCUGAAAAUUGCAGAGCUGAACAGAUCCACCUUGCAGAACAAGGAAGGCUCUGGUUCAGAUACGGAGUUGGAUGCUCUCUGUGGACCAGGGAAUUUGAACCUGCCCUUGGUAGUGGAGCAGGUGCGAGUGGUGGACACGGAUGGGAACUUGAAAGUACUUUAUCCUUCAAAAACUGACCUGGCUACAGUUUCCUCUCUGCUGACUGUGAUCCGUUAGCAGCUGCCUGAGCUGAAAGAGGAUUCCAUUUCCUUUUUUUUUUGGUUUUUUUUCCACAUAUUCAACAAUGCAUCUGGUGCACAGUGAGAUGGUUUGGGUUUUUAAAGAAAACAUGUGGAACAUCUUUUACUGGGAAGGCAAUGGCUUCAGAGUUUGAUGAGCUACAGCAAGGAGAAUUGGGAUCUUUCAUGCUUAAAAGAGAUCAUCCAUGUUAGGCCUGAGCAGAAAGAGCAGUAUCUUCAAACAUGGACUGAAGGCAGAGAAGGUGUAGGAUGUCAGAAUGCAGUAGAGAAAAUCAUUACGAUGUUUAAAACAAGCACAAUCACAUAUUUCUGCAAGAUCACUUUUUCCUCCUGGUGUUUCAUCUGGAUCAUUAUUUUGGCAGCAAAGAAAUGCAGUAAUUGACAGUGUGGAACUGAGGUCCUCUGCUGGGUACAACCUGGAGUCAGAAUGCCAAAGCACUUUGCUGACGUCUCGUUCUGCAGAAUUUUAUUUUUAUCUGGAGUAACUGUGAACAUUUAUUUGCUGUCAGAAGCAUUUAAUUGCUGUCAGAACUUGAGGGAUGCGUUUUAAAGUGACGGUUUCUGUGUUUAGGCAUGAGUACAGCUUCCAUUUUUAAGGGAUUUGUUGAGUCAACUGCAGGGUUUGUGUGUCCCAGUGCAUUUCAGGGCCAUCCUCCAUCCCUGUGGGAAUUGUGACUUUGUGUGUGCUCAGAGAGUUACUGUGAUUGAGCACUGGCUUUGUUCUUGCUGAGGAGGUUCAGAGCUAUUUGGAGCUGCCUCCAGCUGACACUGCUGACCUCCUCAUCCCCCCAGAAUACAGGCACUGAUGCCCAGAGUGACCCUCCUGGAGCUUUUUUGCCCCACCCACAUAUUUUUACCUUCCAAAAUACAGGCAGUUGGAGCAGUUCUCAUUGAGCAGUCUGUGGGUGACCUAUAUAUGUAGGUGAGCACACAUGUGGACUCACUCCUUUCCCUAAAGUGACCCCCAGAUUGACUCUCUUCUGGUAAAAAUGAUAUCUCAGAGCUCUAACUGAAUGCUGCUGUGUCAAAUACAUGCCCAUGUUGGCACUUGCACAUGGAAUGGAAAAAUAAAACAGCUUUUGCAGUCCUGG